UUUGCUCUCUGAAAUUGUCCUGCGGUCUUUAAAUCCUCAAAAGCUGAUUUCUCUACGUGACGACGAUCUCUCACACUUCUGAUAUUUUGGGCUGCUCUUGUUAAGUGGUUUUUCCGAUGCAUCUUUUUCGUCUUGUGGUGGGAAUGUUUGGAACACCGGGCGAUAAGAAAAAUUCCUCCGGCCCCGAAAGGGACGCUCGCUUUUUUUCCCCUAUCGACCCCCCCCAGAGGGAGGUUUUUCGCAAAACACUCCUUUCCGCACGUGAGUUUGGCUUCUUUGUUGCCACCUGUUACCUAGUCGGGUCUCUUUUUUCCUUUCCCCUUCCAUGCAGAAAAGCGGAAAGUUUUAUAAACUCCGAAAAAAAGCUUAAUGGACGUUUCUUAGGCUGGCCAGCAGUUCUUGAAGGACAGCUGCAAAAAUGGAUAAAGACCAACUCCAGGAACCCAACUCCAUCUGCUCUAGUGUGCUUCAUGAAGAUGCAAUCGUUAUAAAGGAUUCAGAUAAAGAUGCUACCGAAGACAGAGAUACUCCCACAUCUGUACUUUCCAAACAACUGGUUGAGUCAAAAAGCAAACAGAAGCCUUAUCCUGAACUGCCACCAGCAUAUGUGCUUCCUUACCUGGUUUUAAUAGAGAAUUGUCUUCAUUUGCCAUUUCCCAUCAUCAGGAAACAAUGUCUCACAGGAGAAAUACUGUGCAGGAUAGACUCUUUAAUGCUGAGGCGCAAAAAGAAGAAACCACCUACUUUACUUGAAACAGCAAAAGUACCAAUAUUUCAAGAAACAAAAUACGUAACUUUUGAAGGCCUGAAGGAUCUACAGUGGAAAUUAUUCAAAGGUCUGCUAAAACGAAAGCCAAAAACAAUAGGAAUUUGGAGGGAGGCAGAUUACAGAAAGAAAUCUGUUACAAGUGUUAACCGUGAAGCAAAGGAAUACAUCCUUCCCCUGCUACCUAAAGACUGGAUAAUUGAUGAGUCCCUCAAGUUUCCCAAGGAAAAGAUUUUUUUGUGUUUUUUAGAAACUGAGUCACACCUGUGAAUAUGUAGCGGUCCCUGGAGUUUAGAAAGAAUGUAUGUAAACAAGCAGUAAACAACACAUUGUGCUGGA